CCUGGAACAGGAACAGAGUUUCCACAAAUGGGGUUUUCCUACAUGCCUGUUUUCCUCAAAAUGAGUGUUAGUAUCGCCUUCUUAAGACCUUUUGCCAGAUUUUUGGUGCCAUUUACCCUUCAAAGGAAGAGAAGGGUUUUAUAUUCAACAAUUCUGCAGAGAUACAUGUCUUCCAAAAUACCUGCUGUGUCCUUUCCUAAUAAGGAGAGUACAUCACCUCCUGAACAGCUGGAAUUGGAUGGGUGGAAAGUUACAAUGAAAUCUAGUGUGCAAGAUGUUUCAACAGGCUCAAGUUGCAAGGAUGAAGAUCCUCUAGCUGCCACCAGGGAGUUAAUUGAGAUGUGGAGAUUGCUUGGCAGAGAAGUACCAGAACAUGUCAAUGAAGAAGAGCUCAAAACCCUGAUGGAAUGUGUUUCUAAAUCAUCAAAAAAAAAAUACUUAAAAUAUUUAUAUGUUAAGGAAAAAAUGAAAAAAGCUAAGCAAAUAAAAAAGGAAAUGAAAGCAGCAGCAAAGGAAAAAGCCAGAAAAGACCAGCUGCCAGAAACCACUAAGGAAGAUAAACAGCAAAACUUUCUAUUUCUACGACUUUGGGAUAGGAAUAUGGAAAUUGCAAUGGGCUGGAAGGGUGCCCAGGCCAUGCAGUUUGGACAACCUUUGGUUUUUGACAUGGAUUAUGAUGAUUAUAUGAAACCAAAAGAACUGCAGAAUACUGUUUCCCAACUUUUAGAAAGUGAAGGAUGGAACAGAAGAAAUGUUGAUCCUUUCCAUCUUUAUUUCUGCAAUCUUAAAAUGGAUGGUGCUUAUCACCGAGAGUUAGUUAAACGUUAUGGAGAAAAAUGGAACAAAUUGCUUUUAACAGCAACAGAAAAGUCUCACGUAGAUUUAUUUCCAAAGGACAGUAUUAUAUAUUUAACUGCAGAUUCUCCCAAUGUUAUGACUACUUUCAAGCAUGACAAAAUUUAUGUAGUGGGAUCUUUUGUUGAUAAGGAUAUGCAGUCAGGCACAUCCCUAGCCAAGGCAAAACGGCUGAAGCUGGCAACAGAAUGCCUUCCAUUAGAUAAAUAUUUACAGUGGGACACUGGUACCAAAAAUCUCACCUUAGAUCAAAUGAUGCGUAUUUUGUUAUGUCUGAAAAACACUGGUAGUUGGGAAGAGGCUCUGAAGUUUGUUCCUAGGAGAAAACAUACUGGUUUUCUGGAGAUUUCUCAGCAUUCUCAAGAGAUUGUGAACAGAUUAAAGAAGUCAAAGACUUUUAAUUCAUUUCCAAAAGGCUCUCUAAAUAUACGCACAUAGAAAAGGUGACUUGAAUGAGAAUAUUUGAUAGCUUUAAAAGUAAAUGGAUUAGAAAUACAGUUCUGUUAGUCUAUUUCUUCCUGAAUGGAAUUCACUUGCUCUUUCUUUUAAAGGUUGUCUUUCUAAACUAACUGAAGUAUUGUGUCUUUCCCCAAUUAAUUAAAUAUCUGCAAACUUUGAAAAUACAUUUUGUUUACUAUAAAAAGAAACAAUAAUCUUAGUAAAAAGAGUUAUCCAAGCUUGAUGAGUCCAGUAAAACAGCUGUACCA